CGUUUGCAAUUAAUGUUGAUUGAUAGUGAAGAUGCAUGUUGCCUUAAAUGUUGACUAAAAUCGAAUUUGCCUCUCGUCUUAUCACACGAUAUCUGCACUUCCCAUGUCGCCCUGUCACAAUUACACUAAUGGGCCCGCUUUGCCACGCACUACCAGGUUGCCGCUCCACACGACGUGCCAUCUGCAACGAUCAUGACAGCAGUCUCAAAAAAAGACUUCCACCUGCACGACGUCGUUGCAUCGAUGGCUAUGAAGAAGCGCUACAUGAAGCGCCUAGUGCGCAAAGUGAUAUUCUGGCUGCUGUCGAUCGCCGCCAUCUCGCUGGUCACGACGCUGAUUGUGGAGAAGCGUAUGGGUCCCGGCACUGGCAGGGACUCGGAGGAGAAUCUAGAUCCCAAUGGGGAUCCAAUCACACCCGUCUUCCGUGCAGCCGACCUUCAACCCUCGCGUCGGGCAGCUCGUCCACCCUUCCAGGAUCGUAGCCUGGCCAGAGAACAACCACGAGAUAAGAAACCACAGCCCACAGGCUUCCGCCUGCCCUAUGUGGAGGGAGAGCGAAGGGACUGGCACGAAUAUGCCGCUAUGGAAGCGGACAAGUUGAGAUCGGGUCUCGGGGAGCAUGGUCUGCCCGCGGAGAUCGAGAAUCCCGAUGAAAAAGAGAUGGAACAGGAGAUGUACAGGAAGAAUGGGUUCAAUGGCCUGCUCUCUGAUAGGAUUUCCGUCAAUCGAUCCGUGCCGGAUGUGCGAUUGGAGCAAUGCAAGACCCGCAAAUACCUGUCGAAGCUCCCGAAUAUCAGUGUGGUGUUUAUCUUUUACAACGAGCACUUCAGUGCCCUGUUGCGAUCCAUCUAUAGCGUCAUAAAUCGUACUCCAGCGGAGCUACUGAAGCAAAUUAUCCUUGUGGAUGAUGGCAGUGACUGGGACACGCUGAAGCAGCAGCUGGAUGACUAUGUCUCCCUGCACUUUCCCCAUCUGGUUACGAUAGUAAGGAAUGUGGAGCGAAAGGGUCUGAUUGGAGCACGCAUCGAAGGUGCCAAAGUGGCCACUGGAGAGGUGAUGGUUUUCUUCGACUCCCACAUUGAGGUGAAUUACAACUGGCUUCCUCCAUUGAUCGAACCAAUAGCCAUUAAUCCCAAGAUCUCUACAUGUCCCAUUGUGGACAUUAUCGAUCACAGCAACUUUGCAUAUAAUGGUGGCUAUCAGGAGGGAUCCCGCGGUGGCUUCGAUUGGCGUUUCUUUUACAAGCAGCUGCCCGUGCUGCCCGAGGACAGUGUAGACAAGUCACAGCCAUAUCGCGAUCCCGUAAUGAUGGGUGGCCUGUUUGCCAUUAGAACCGAUUUCUUCUGGGAUCUGGGUGGCUACGAUGAUGAGCUGGAUAUCUGGGGCGGGGAGCAGUACGAGCUGAGCUUCAAGAUCUGGAUGUGCGGUGGCAUGUUGCUGGAUGUGCCCUGCUCCCGAGUGGCGCACAUAUUCCGUGGUCCCAUGGACCCAAGACCAAAUCCAAGGGACUACAAUUUUGUGGGGAGGAACCACAAACGAGUGGCAGAGGUCUGGAUGGAUGAGUACAAGGAAUAUGUCUACACCCGCGAUCCACAGACCUAUGACAACAUCGAUGCUGGCGAUCUCACUCGUCAGCGGGCCAUACGCGAGAGACUUCAGUGUAAAUCCUUUGACUGGUACAUGAAGGAGGUGGCUCCGGACUUCCUCAAGAAGUUCCCGCCCGUGGAGCCGCCCAACUACGCCUCGGGGGCCAUUCAAAACGUGGCCUUUUCUUCGCACUGCAUCGACACCAUGAACAUGGGCGCCCACAAUGCCGUGGGGCUGUACAGCUGUGCGGAGAAUCGCACCCAUCCCCAGUUCAAUCAGUUUUGGGUGCUCACACCCGAUCGCGAGCUGCGCCACAAUGGGGCUUCCAACUGUCUGGAUGUGCAGGACCAGCAUGCGAAUGCCACUGUCUGGAUGUGGAGCUGCCACAACCAGGGAGGAAAUCAGUUCUGGUACUAUGAUCGCACGCACAAAUGGCUGGUGCAUGCCCCAAAUGGACGCCGCUGCAUGGAGGGUAUUCUGGAGGAGGGCAAGGCUGCGGUGUACACCAACGAGUGCGAUCCCGAGAACGAUCGUCAGAAAUGGGAGAUCGGCUAUGUCAACAGCGAACUGCUGGACAAGUUCUUUGAGGGAGUAUAAGGCCCAUACCAGACCCAUCCCCCAAGACUUUCAGCCAUUGGCAGAGCCACAUACAGAUGUGUCCUACGCAUACGUAUUUAUAUGCAACGAUCGCUUACAAGUUCGUGGAACUCGUGCAUGAGGAGCCUAGCCUAGUUCAUUGAUCGUUGCGAAGGUUUCCUCCUCCAGUCUGUUAAAUAAAUUCCAUUUUUACAUUA